ACUCGGGCGGCGCGGGGGGCGGGCGCGGGGAGCGCUCCAAGAUGGCGCCCACCGCAGUCCCGCCCGCCGCAGCCUCGGCGCCUCUGCAGUCCGGCCGCGCCUCCCGGGCCCCGCGUUAGGGCUGCCGCUGCCUCUUUCACCGCCGCUGCCAGCUGACCUGUCCUGGACGCAGCAUAACUAACGAAGCUGCUGCAGGAUGAGAAGAUGGCAGCGCGGCUGCUCGCACCACCAGGCCCUGAUAGUUUCAAGCCUUUCACCCCUGAGUCGCUGGCAAACAUCGAGAGGCGCAUUGCUGAGAGCAAGCUUAAGAAACCACCAAAGGCUGAUGGCAGUCAUCGGGAAGACGAUGAGGACAGCAAGCCCAAGCCAAACAGUGACCUGGAAGCAGGGAAGAGUUUGCCUUUCAUCUACGGGGACAUCCCACAAGGCCUGGUCGCGGUUCCCCUGGAGGACUUUGACCCAUACUAUUUGACGCAGAAAACCUUUGUAGUAUUAAACAGAGGGAAAACUCUCUUCAGAUUUAGUGCCACGCCUGCCUUGUACAUUUUAAGUCCUUUUAACCUGAUAAGAAGAAUAGCUAUUAAAAUUUUGAUACAUUCAGUAUUUAGCAUGAUCAUUAUGUGCACUAUUUUGACCAACUGUGUAUUCAUGACUUUUAGUAACCCUCCUGACUGGUCGAAGAAUGUGGAGUACACGUUCACAGGGAUUUAUACAUUUGAAUCACUAGUGAAAAUCAUUGCAAGAGGUUUCUGCAUAGACGGCUUUACCUUUUUACGAGAUCCAUGGAACUGGUUAGAUUUCAGUGUCAUCAUGAUGGCAUAUGUGACAGAGUUUGUGGACCUGGGCAAUGUCUCAGCGCUGAGAACAUUCAGGGUUCUCCGAGCUUUGAAAACUAUCUCUGUAAUUCCAGGCCUGAAGACCAUUGUGGGUGCCCUAAUUCAGUCUGUGAAGAAGCUGUCAGAUGUGAUGAUCCUGACAGUGUUCUGCCUGAGUGUUUUUGCCUUGAUCGGACUGCAGCUGUUCAUGGGAAACCUGCGAAACAAGUGUGUUGUGUGGCCCAUAAACUUCAAUGAUAGCUAUCUUGAGAAUGGCACCAAAGGCUUUGAUUGGGAAGAGUAUAUCAACAAUAAAACAAAUUUUUACACGGUUCCUGGCAUGCUAGAACCUUUACUCUGUGGGAACAGUUCUGAUGCUGGGCAAUGCCCAGAGGGAUACCAGUGUAUGAAAGCUGGAAGGAACCCCAACUAUGGUUACACAAGCUUUGACACUUUCAGCUGGGCCUUCUUGGCAUUAUUUCGCCUGAUGACCCAGGACUACUGGGAAAACUUGUAUCAAUUGACUUUACGAGCAGCUGGGAAAACAUACAUGAUCUUCUUUGUCUUGGUCAUCUUUGUGGGUUCUUUCUAUCUGGUGAACUUGAUCUUGGCUGUGGUGGCCAUGGCUUAUGAAGAGCAGAAUCAGGCAACACUGGAGGAGGCAGAGCAGAAGGAGGCUGAAUUCAAAGCAAUGUUGGAGCAACUUAAGAAACAACAGGAAGAGGCUCAGGCUGCUGCGAUGGCCACUUCAGCAGGAACUGUCUCAGAAGACGCCAUAGAGGAAGAAGGCGAAGAAGGCGUAGGCUCUCCUCGGAGCUCAUCUGAAAUUUCUAAACUCAGUUCCAAGAGUGCCAAGGAAAGACGUAACAGAAGAAAGAAGAAGAAGCAAAAGGAACUCUCUGAAGGGGAGGAGAAAGGGGAUCCUGAGAAGGUGUUUAAGUCAGAGUCAGAAGAUGGUAUGCGGAGGAAGGGCUUUCGACUGCCAGACAACAGGAUAGGAAGGAAAUUUUCCAUCAUGAAUCAGUCCCUGCUCAGCAUUCCGGGCUCCCCAUUCCUCUCCCGCCACAACAGCAAGAGCAGCAUCUUCAGCUUCAGGGGGCCCGGGCGGUUCCGGGACCCCGGCUCAGAGAACGAGUUUGCGGACGACGAGCACAGCACGGUGGAGGAGAGCGAGGGCCGCCGGGACUCGCUCUUCAUCCCGAUCCGGGCCCGCGAGCGCCGCAGCAGCUACAGCGGCUACAGCGGCUACAGCCAGGGCAGCCGCUCCUCGCGCAUCUUCCCCAGCCUGCGGCGCAGCGUGAAGCGCAACAGCACGGUGGACUGCAACGGCGUGGUGUCCCUCAUCGGCGGGCCCGGCUCCCACAUCGGCGGGCGUCUCCUGCCAGAGGUGAAAAUAGAUAAGGCAGCUACCGACGACAGUGGUACAACUGAAGUGGAAAUUAAGAAGAAAGGCCCUGGAUCUCUCUUAGUUUCCAUGGACCAACUGGCCUCCUAUGGACGGAAGGACAGGAUCAACAGUAUCCUGAGUGUUGUUACAAAUACACUAGUAGAAGAGCUGGAAGAGUCUCAGAGAAAAUGCCCACCAUGCUGGUAUAAAUUUGCCAAUACUUUCCUCAUCUGGGAGUGUCACCCCUAUUGGAUAAAGCUGAAAGAGAUUGUGAACUUGAUUGUUAUGGACCCUUUUGUGGACUUGGCCAUCACCAUCUGCAUUGUCCUGAAUACACUGUUUAUGGCAAUGGAGCACCAUCCUAUGACGCCACAAUUUGAACAUGUCUUGUCCGUAGGAAAUCUGGUUUUCACUGGAAUUUUCACAGCAGAAAUGUUCCUGAAGCUCAUAGCCAUGGAUCCCUACUAUUAUUUCCAAGAAGGUUGGAACAUUUUUGACGGAUUUAUUGUCUCCCUCAGUUUAAUGGAACUGAGUCUAGCAGAUGUGGAGGGGCUUUCGGUGCUGCGAUCUUUCCGAUUGCUCCGAGUCUUCAAACUGGCCAAAUCCUGGCCCACCCUGAACAUGCUGAUCAAGAUCAUUGGCAAUUCCGUGGGUGCCCUGGGCAACCUGACCCUGGUGCUGGCCAUUAUUGUCUUCAUCUUCGCCGUGGUGGGGAUGCAGCUCUUUGGAAAGAGCUACAAAGAGUGUGUGUGCAAGAUCAACGUGGACUGUGAACUCCCUCGCUGGCACAUGCACGACUUCUUUCAUUCCUUCCUUAUUGUCUUUCGAGUGUUGUGCGGAGAAUGGAUCGAGACCAUGUGGGACUGCAUGGAGGUGGCAGGCCAGGCCAUGUGCCUCAUUGUCUUCAUGAUGGUCAUGGUUAUUGGCAACCUGGUGGUGCUGAACCUGUUUCUGGCCUUGCUCCUGAGCUCCUUCAGUGCAGACAACCUGGCAGCCACGGAUGACGAUGGGGAAAUGAACAACCUGCAGAUCUCAGUGAUCCGUAUCAAGAAGGGCGUGGCUUGGACCAAAGUGAAAGUGCGUGCCUUCAUGCAGGCCCACUUCAAGCAGCGUGAGGCCGAUGAAGUGAAACCCCUGGAUGAGCUGUACGAAAAGAAGGCCAACUGCAUCGCCAACCACACUGGUGCAGACAUCCACCGGAAUGGUGACUUCCAGAAGAAUGGCAAUGGCACCACCAGUGGCAUUGGCAGCAGUGUGGAGAAGUACAUCAUUGAUGAGGACCACAUGUCCUUCAUCAACAACCCCAACUUGACUGUGCGGGUGCCCAUUGCUGUAGGCGAGUCUGAUUUUGAGAACGUUAACACAGAGGACGUUAGCAGCGAAUCGGAUCCCGAAGGCAGCAAAGAUAAACUGGAUGACACCAGCUCCUCUGAAGGAAGCACCAUCGAUAUCAAACCGGAAGUCGAGGAAGUCCCUGUGGAACAGCCAGAGGAAUACUUGGAUCCAGACUCUUGCUUCACAGAAGGUUGUGUCCAGCGAUUCAAGUGCUGCCAGGUCAACAUUGAAGAAGGGCUAGGCAAGUCUUGGUGGAUCCUGCGGAAAACCUGCUUCCUCAUUGUGGAGCACAAUUGGUUUGAGACCUUCAUCAUCUUCAUGAUUCUGCUCAGCAGUGGCGCCCUGGUUUUCACUGGAAUUUUCACAGCAGAAAUGUUCCUGAAGCUCAUAGCCAUGGAUCCCUACUAUUAUUUCCAAGAAGGUUGGAACAUUUUUGACGGAUUUAUUGUCUCCCUCAGUUUAAUGGAACUGAGUCUAGCAGAUGUGGAGGGGCUUUCGGUGCUGCGAUCUUUCCGAUUGGUCUCUUUAGUCAGCCUUAUAGCUAAUGCCCUGGGCUACUCGGAACUAGGUGCCAUAAAGUCCCUUAGGACCCUAAGAGCUUUGAGACCCUUAAGAGCCUUAUCACGAUUUGAAGGGAUGAGGGUGGUGGUGAAUGCCUUGGUGGGCGCCAUCCCCUCCAUCAUGAAUGUGCUGCUGGUGUGUCUCAUCUUCUGGCUGAUUUUCAGCAUCAUGGGAGUCAACCUGUUUGCGGGAAAGUACCACUACUGCUUUAAUGAGACUUCUGAAGUGCGAUUUGAAAUUGAAAUUGUCAACAAUAAAACUGAUUGUGAAAAGCUCAUGGAGGGGAACAAUACAGAAAUCAGAUGGAAGAACGUGAAGAUCAACUUUGACAACGUUGGGGCUGGAUAUCUGGCGCUUCUUCAGGUGGCAACCUUCAAAGGCUGGAUGGACAUCAUGUAUGCAGCUGUAGAUUCCCGAAAGCCUGAGGAGCAGCCUAAGUAUGAGGACAACAUCUACAUGUACAUCUACUUUGUCAUCUUCAUCAUCUUCGGCUCCUUCUUCACCCUGAACCUGUUCAUUGGUGUCAUCAUUGAUAACUUCAAUCAACAAAAGAAAAAGUUUGGAGGUCAGGACAUCUUCAUGACCGAAGAACAGAAGAAGUACUACAAUGCCAUGAAAAAGCUGGGCUCAAAGAAACCACAGAAACCCAUUCCGCGCCCCCUGAACAAAAUCCAAGGUAUCGUCUUUGAUUUUGUCACUCAACAAGCCUUUGACAUUGUUAUCAUGAUGCUCAUCUGCCUUAACAUGGUGACAAUGAUGGUGGAGACAGAUACUCAGAGCAAGCAGAUGGAGAACAUUCUCUACUGGAUUAACCUGGUCUUCGUCAUCUUCUUCACCUGUGAGUGUGUGCUCAAAAUGUUUGCCUUGAGGCACUACUACUUCACCAUUGGCUGGAACAUCUUUGACUUCGUGGUCGUCAUCCUCUCCAUUGUGGGAAUGUUCCUGGCUGAUAUAAUUGAGAAAUACUUUGUUUCUCCAACCCUCUUCCGAGUCAUCCGAUUGGCCCGUAUUGGGCGCAUCCUGCGUCUGAUCAAAGGCGCCAAAGGGAUUCGUACCCUACUCUUUGCCUUAAUGAUGUCCUUGCCGGCUCUGUUCAACAUCGGCCUUCUGCUCUUCCUGGUCAUGUUCAUCUUCUCCAUCUUUGGCAUGUCCAAUUUUGCUUAUGUGAAGCAUGAGGCCGGCAUUGAUGACAUGUUCAACUUUGAGACGUUUGGCAACAGCAUGAUCUGCCUAUUUCAGAUCACGACCUCGGCCGGGUGGGAUGGCCUGCUGCUACCCAUCCUCAACCGCCCGCCUGACUGCAGUUUGGAUAAGGAACACCCGGGGAGUGGCUUCAAGGGAGACUGCGGGAACCCCUCCGUGGGCAUCUUCUUCUUUGUAAGCUACAUCAUCAUCUCCUUCCUCAUUGUCGUGAACAUGUACAUUGCCAUCAUCUUGGAGAACUUCAGUGUAGCCACGGAGGAGAGUGCAGACCCUCUGAGUGAGGACGACUUUGAGACCUUCUAUGAGAUCUGGGAGAAGUUUGACCCGGAUGCCACCCAGUUCAUCGAGUACUGUAAGCUGGCAGACUUUGCCGAUGCCUUGGAGCAUCCUCUCCGAGUGCCCAAGCCCAACACCAUUGAGCUCAUCGCCAUGGAUCUGCCCAUGGUCAGCGGGGAUCGCAUCCACUGCUUGGACAUCCUUUUUGCCUUCACCAAGCGGGUCCUGGGAGACAGCGGGGAGUUGGACAUCCUUCGGCAGCAGAUGGAGGAGCGGUUCGUGGCAUCUAAUCCUUCCAAAGUGUCUUACGAGCCAAUCACGACCACACUGCGGCGCAAGCAGGAAGAGGUAUCGGCAGUGGUCCUGCAGCGCGCCUACCGGGGACAUUUAGCAAGGCGGGGCUUCAUUUGCAAAAAGACAACUUCCAAUAAGCUGGAGAAUGGAGGCACACACCGAGAGAAAAAGGAGAGCACCCCGUCUACAGCCUCCCUCCCAUCCUAUGACAGUGUAACCAAACCUGAGAAGGAGAAACAGCAGCGGGCAGAGGAAGGAAGAAGGGAAAGAGCCAAAAGACAAAAAGAGGUCAGAGAAUCCAAGUGUUAGAGGAAAGCAAAAAUUAAAUAUUGUACAGAUUUAAAACUUGCAAGUGAAAGAUUGUUUACAAACUUCCUGAAAAUAUUAUCAAUGCAGAACAGCUGUGGAGACACUUUACCCUGAAGAUCUAUACCAAACGUAGUCUGCUUACCAUGUCACACGGUUGCAUCUUGAGCAGUGACCUGCCCAGGGCAAAGGACCCUGCUCCCCAGACUCACCAGUUUUCUAAUGCUUGGGCAGGUGGUUACUGCAUGUUCCACAUCAGUCAAUGCAACUUAGGACAAAACUCACAGGAUACAGAAACCGAGGAGUGGCUGCCGGGACCAGCAUCCUUCCGUUGCAGCCAAAUGGAUUUUAUUUUUCCAUUUUGUUGAUUCUCAGAAGCAGAAAGCAUCACUUUAAAAGUUUGUUGGUUCAUGCAAACUAUAUUUGCAUUCUUACAUUAGUUAAGCUAAGCAGCAAAAAGAAACACACACACACACACAUACUCACAUUUAGCCCAUGUCAUUUACUUGUCAGUUUCUUUGACAUAAACCGCAUCUUCUCCACAUGGGCUUCACGUGGUUUGGAGAUGGGUGGGGGAAAACAAUCAGGUUUCUUCAGGCUGAGGAGGACUUGCUCAGGCCGAUUCCAAACAUUGUGCUUGUUCAAUGCGUAGAAACGAUUUGCAUGAUGGCAUGCCGUGAUCAGAAGUCAUGCAUGAGAACCAUACACCACAGGACACUACUAACCCUGUCCCCUGCACUGGGUCAGCCUUUGGACAGGACCCAGCCCUGCACCGUUCACUGUAUUUGGAGGGGGAAAAAAAAUGGUAAGAGUUCCAUACCCACUGCAAUUCUUUAUAAAUUCUUAGGAGUCUUUCAUACACCUUCUGGGUAGGGAAACAUAACCAACCAAUUGACCACCACCAACAAAAAACCCAAUCCAACAAGCAGAUGGAUCCGUUGUGUGUAUAUGUUUAACAGACAUCUCUUAACAUACAGCCAUUGUUGCACAUUUCGAAAGAUGAACUAUUUAAUGCUGCUCUGUGUCCCGUACGUGGGGAAACUUUGAUCUCAAAUGGCUUGUAUUAAUAAUGUCACUGUAAAACCAAAUCCUAGGGCUAAAAACAAAAAUUCCAAAAAAAAAAAAAGGUCAUUUGUAUUUUGCAAUAUUUAUGAUGAUUAUUUAGCCUUCAUACUGGAGAACUGACACUUAUUAAGGGUAGAGAUAAACGUGCUAUUCAAAGUAGCAUGUUAUCUCUAGGGGGUAACUUGGGGAACUUAAAACAACCUUUCGUUGGGGGUUACGGGGUGCUCACUUCAUUUAGUAUCAUGCCCUUCUGCAUUGUGGCGUUCUCUGGGCUUGGGUCCACUUGGAGAGGGGUUCAGAGAUUCCGAACAGGCCUCUCUCUUCUAUAGAGGGAUUGUUGCCGGCUCACACACUGCAUGACUCCUCCCGCCUCCAUCCCAUUUGUCCACUAAGCAGGGCUUCCCUUACCCACAGAGGUGGUGAGGGCAGCUGCCCUGAGGCUGUGGCUGUAGAUCCUUUCAUUUAUUAUUAGAAGAAAUUGUCACUGGCAGGACCUGUGGUAGCGAUGGAGCCGCCUCUGAACCAAGCGCGCUUGGUUUCUUGAUGGCACUGGUUCUCAUGAGAAAGCGAAUUAAUACUAACUCUGAAGAUGGUCCAACUUCCCCCCACCGCAUUCCCUUUCAGCCAGUUUUGCUACCUGCUCAGCGACCUGCCCGUUGUCAUUGGAGGGUGGCUUUGGGGGGAGCGUCAUAUCUGCCAUUCCAUCUCCUGCUUUAGGGAAGACAGUUUUUAGUCCAGGUGUUUCUCAUCUGAUGACUAGAUUUCAAAGCCAAAAUGCUGCAGCUGAGUGUGUCAGGAAGUCUAUACAAAGAUGGAGGAGAGACGUUAGCAUGUGAACCAAAUCAAAAUAAAUUCUUCCUGAACCAUACAAUAGAGGGAGGAAAAAAAAAACAACCCAUAAUCAGACACACCAAUCUGCCUUGCAGUAGAAGCAUUUGGGAUGUAUUUUCACAGUCCACCUGACUAGUUUUGCGUAGAACAAACCACAGCAAGUUGGUAAGCAGAGCUUUCUUUCUUGUCGGACCAUUAGAAGCUGUCCAGCUCUCAUAAGCCAGCUUCUGCGGCAUCACCCGUAGAACUUUUGUACUGCACCCAAUACUGGGUUGGGAAGGCAUUUCUUUUGGUGACCCUGCUAACUGCUAGGAUGAAUGUAUAGUAACAUAUACAGGCUACAUCGUAAACAGCACAAUACAGAAGCUGACGUGUGGUUAUUCUUUUUAAGAGAAUUAUAAAUACUGUAAUAUAUCAUUUUAUUUUAUUGGCAUGCCUUUUUGUAAAUACAAAUUAUUAACGUAUUAAAUAGGAAAUGGCUUCUGGCUUAUGCCAUUGUCAUGUUUAUUUUUAUUUUUUAUACUUUUCUUUCUUCUUAGACCUUAGAUGCUGCCAGCCAAUGUACAUCCCCAAACCAGACAGACAGACAAAAAAUUUUUUAUUGCUAAUGGUCUUUUCCAAAACAACAAAAAAAUAUAUAUUUUUUUUUGUUCCAAUGUGCAAUAAAUUCUAACCACUUCUAUGCAAGAUUUGGCUAAACUUCAUAAUUGUUCUUAGGUCUUAAGAUGGGCAACAGAGCUAUAAGUUCCCGCUCGAUACCCCAAGUGCUCAUGCUAGUGAUGUCAUCAAGCUACUAGAGUAUAUUAAUGAGGUUUUUCUGAAAUCUGACCUUUUUCCUCCACCAGACUCUCAUCCCAGCCCAGCAGGCUCUCUCCUCAGUCACACACACGGGCCUCGGUAUCUGACACCCCUCAGCCAGCUUCAUAGGGAAGAAGCCACCUCCACUUGAUUUGAAAUUCCACUUUUUUUUUUUAACUUUUCCCACAUUUCGCUCCCUCCCCAUGGUCCCUCCACCCACUCGCUCGCUCGCUCGCUCUCUCACUCACCUGCCCUGCUCCACACUUCUUUGCUAGUAAAUGACACCAUCACCAGCAGUUUACACCCGCAGUUAACAGGCAUUGAACUGAAAGGAUCAGUGAUGAUGUUUUUGUACGUCUUUACUGAGUGGUGAAGUGGCAAUGCUUUGCCAAAUAUUAACGAAGCCAAUCAAAAAGCAGCAGCAGCCACAGUAUCACUGCACAUAUAUAUAUAUAGAUAUAUAAAUAUAAUAUAAAUAUUUAUUUUUUGUAGCCAGGUCCUUGGUGCAGUAUUUAUACUCCACAAUCCACCUUUAAAAAAAAGACAAAAAGCAAAAAGACGUGUGAUGCUGUUAAUUUAAAAUGCAGAGCCAAAGCCACUGAGCAGCAGCUAAUACAGUUGCUGGUUUAUGUGAAAAACACUUUCCCCUCUUUCCUUAACCUCCUUGUUGCUUAGGAUAAGGAGACUCCACAAUUUCAAGCAGAGGGCAAGAGCAGGAAAAACUUACCGAGUCAGCAUGACCUACUCCCACUCCUCUCUAAAUGAGCCUCUUUUGGCACCAGAAGUUGACUGGGAGAGAUAAUCAGAAACUCCCAGUCAAAGCCCCUGGAACGACUGCCCAAAGUUAUUUUAUUUUUCGCUGCAACCAAUGUAAACUUAUAAAAGACCACUAGUGAAGAUUAGUGUAUUAGUGAAUGCAUGGAGGCCAACCAACACUGCUCUAAAUGAGACGUGAUAAGAAGUACAUCACUACUAUAAGCCAAAAAGGAAACAAUAAAAAUGACCCUUUUUACUGUACAAGGGAAGCCUGUCUUGGUGUGCAUUUGUUGCUUCACUCUCCCAAUUUAGAGUCCUGGGAGGGGUCUGGGAAUUGGGACCUUAGCACAUUUGGGGAAAGGAGGAGAAUGGAAGGGAGAGAAAUCAGAGGGUCUUUGGCAAAGUUUUGGCCGAGAAGUGGAGAUUGGAGAGAAAAGCAAGGUCCUGACCUCCCCCCACCCCCAUCCCCAUUCACCCAUUGCAUGUAGCAUUCCUCCCACUACUGGGCCGGUGCUUAAAGGCCCAGGAAACCCCUUCCUCACCAGUUCACCUGGCAGGUACCCCAGAGGUGAUGUCACCAACCCAGCUGGGCUGGCUUUACUUCUGCCUUUUUCACCAGUAUGUGAGGGAAAAAACCAUCCCAAUGCCCCAAAGCUUGGGCAAGCACGAUGCCCAAAAGCCUCCACUCUGCUAGCUAAUGCUGGGCCCUGCCCUCCAUCACCCCACGGAUAAACCAGCAGACUCGGGCUGGUCUUGUUCACAUUUGUGCAGGGGAGUGGGGCACUCCUCCCCAUCCCUCACCCCACCCCGCUUUGGGGACAUCCCUGUCUAGGCCAUGUCUCCCGGUCCAGGAACACUCAGGAGGAUUCUGAAGUGCCCACUCUAGUCCUCUCCAGGAGCUCCACUCUGGAGAGAGAUGGCUGGUAGGUCAGUCCCCAUCUCCCCCCCGACCCCCAGCCUCCAGGCCUGCUGUGGAGGUAAGAUUGCCAUGGGUUGUGACUUUGUGACUUGAGUCCUGGGCAUCUUCUGUAACGAUGCCUCUUUCUUUUCUCAGAUGUUGCCCAAAGUUUUGCAAAAAGCUUCGUUCAUUUUCAGGUACCCCCACCCCCUAAAGAAUCGGCUGCACCUAGCCAGCCAGGGGGACAUCAGGAGAAAAGAGGAAGUCUGGGUUGGGAGGAGCCCAAGGUUUGCACAGGGUCAGCGUUGUGGCUCAGCUCUGUGUUUUCUUGGAUUCCCUUUUAAAGAUUACCAGGAUUUCCUUCAUUAAAACACUCCUGAGGCACCCCCUGCCCUUGCCCCCCACUGCUGUUUGCUGUACAUAGAGGCUAAGUGGGGUGGGGUGGGCGGGUGUGCACAUGUGGUGUGUGUGUGUGAAGAAUGUAUAUAGGUAAAGGGGAGCGGGGUCCAGUGGUUCCAGAAAAGGGACAGAACUCCUGUGUUCCAUCCCUAGCUUGACCGCUGGCUCGCUGUGUGGCCUUGGGCAAGUCACUUAACCUCUCUGUGCCUCAGUUUCCCCAUCUGUAAAAUGGGGAUAAUAAUACUGACCUACCUCACAGGGGUGUUGUGAGGCUUUAACUAAAUGUUUUGUAAAGUGUUUUGAGAUACAGAGGCAAAGGCACCAGGGAAGGGCAAAGUAUUAUUUGGACUUAAGGAAGCUGAAAUGGUACCAUAAAUGCUGCUAUUCUGAGAGCCAUUUUAAACUGCACUGCUCCAACCACCCCCCCGCUUCUCAUCACCAGGACAGCAGGUCGAGAAAAUGUCUUUCCUUUCACUUGCUUCUGGGGUUUGUGAUUAUUCUAGACACUUAAUUUUUUUCCCCUUGCUGUAUCUCCUUCCCUCACCCCCUCGACUUGUUCCCUGUUCCGUUUAUGCGGAAAUGGCAGAAAUGCUUGAGAACUGAGAAUGUAUAAGUGGAUUGGAAGUUUAUAGUCUGAAAUUUCAAUUUUACUUUGUACUGUACAUCUUUUUACUUUAGAAUUUGCAAUAAAGGGUUACGUCAAUCUUGUUUUCAACUCUC